CUCGGGUAGACUCGGGGUUUCAGGGAGCCAGGGAAGGGAGUAGAGAGAGAGAGAGAAGCGAGCGGGGAGAGCCUGGCUGGCUGGUUGAGGCAGCUUGGCGAGCAGCCUUAGAUUCGCAGGCUUCUGUGGGAACGGCUGCUGCUUCCAGGCCAGCCUGAGCUGUUCUCACACCACCGCCUCUCACCCUUUCCUGCUUCCUGCUACUCCCUAGAGAAACGUCCGUGGGCUCUCCGCUGCGAUAUUCCCAGCCUGUAUCCCGUCACAGCCAGGCGGCGCGCUCCCGUAAAGCUGGAGCGCCGGGCGCCAGCAGGACGCCCUCUCCUCGGUGCCCGCUUUCCCCUCUCCUGUCUGCUGCGACCGCGCCUCGGCCACCUCCACCCUCGCCAGCUCCAGCUCCGAGAGACGCCACCCAGCCGCGGCGGGCGCUAGCAGCCCGGGGUCACGCACGGAAGAGGGGCGCUAGACCUGACCCAGCGCUCGGUAGGGGGCGUCCUGGGGCAGAGAGUGAAACAGCAGGUGGUAUUUAAAGGUGUGGGAGGCGCCUGCCCUGCAGCCCGCAAUUCUCGCUCGAGCCAUCCCCGCCUUGCUCCACUCGGGCCAGCGCCUGGUGAGCUAGCCCAUCUGUGGCAUCCGCCGUCGUCUCCUCCUAGCACCUCCUCGCCGACCCCUCCCUCCCGGGACCUGCAUCCCGCUCAGCCAAUCAACGCCCGACUGCCAGUUCCCACGUGAUCCCGGGCGGGCUGAGGACCUGCUGCUUCCCAAACGCCAGAGGGAUGCGGGCAGCAGAGCGCGAGAGGCGGCUGCUAGGCUGCGGGGCGCUUUGACUCUCCCUCCACCCAGUUUCUUUGGGCUCCUCUCGUCUGCUCUCUGGACUCCGGUCUCCUCUUGCUGACCUGGCUUGCCAGAGCCCUCUGCUUAUGGCAGCAGCUUCCCGCGUCCCCGGCGCAGCUUUUCCGUGGACGACCCUCUCGCUCCCGGGGCUGAGCCGGGUCACUGGAUGUUGCUGAAACUCUGGAGAUCAUGCACGGGUUUGGCUGCUACUUCCCCGUCAGGUGCCACUCCCGCCGCCGCCGCCUCUGCUGCCGCCGUCCGCGGGAUGCUCAGUAGCCCGCUGCCUGACCCCCGCGAUCUUGCGUUCUCCCGAAGCCGUUUGCUGCUGCAGAGUUGCGCGAACUAGUCAUGGUGCUGUGGGAGACCCCGCGGCAGUGUAGCAGCUGGACACUUUGCGAGGGCUUUUGCUGGCUGCUGCUGCUGCCGGUGAUGCUGCUCAUCGUAGCCCGCCCGGUGAAGCUCGCGGCUUUCCCUACCUCCUUAAGUGACUGCCAAACGCCCACCGGCUGGAACUGCUCUGGUUAUGAUGACAGAGAAAAUGAUCUCUUCCUCUGUGACACUAACACCUGUAAAUUUGAUGGGGAAUGUUUAAGAAUUGGAGACACUGUGACAUGCGUCUGUCAGUUCAAGUGCAACAAUGACUAUGUGCCUGUGUGUGGUUCCAAUGGGGAGAGCUAUCAGAAUGAGUGUUAUCUGCGGCAGGCCGCGUGCAAACAGCAGAGUGAGAUACUGGUGGUGUCUGAAGGAUCGUGUGCCACAGAUGCAGGAUCAGGAUCUGGAGAUGGAGUCCAUGAAGGCUCAGGAGAAACCAGUCAAAAGGAGACAUCCACCUGUGAUAUUUGCCAGUUUGGUGCAGAAUGUGAUGAAGAUGCUGAGGAUGUCUGGUGUGUGUGCAACAUUGACUGUUCUCAAACCAACUUCAAUCCCCUCUGUGCUUCUGAUGGGAAAUCUUACGACAAUGCAUGUCAAAUCAAAGAAGCAUCAUGUCAGAAACAGGAGAAAAUUGAAGUCAUGUCAUUGGGUCGAUGUCAAGAUAACACAACUACAACUAUUAAAUCUGAAGAUGGGCAUUAUGCAAGAACAGAUUAUGCAGAGAAUGCUAACAAAUUAGAAGAAAGUGCCAGAGAACACCACAUCCCUUGCCCAGAACACUACAAUGGCUUCUGCAUGCACGGGAAGUGUGAACAUUCUAUCAAUAUGCAGGAGCCAUCUUGCAGGUGUGAUGCUGGUUAUACUGGGCAACACUGCGAGAAAAAGGAUUACAGUGUACUGUACGUUGUUCCUGGCCCUGUCCGAUUUCAGUACGUCUUAAUCGCAGCUGUGAUUGGAACGAUUCAGAUUGCCGUCAUCUGUGUGGUGGUUCUUUGCAUCACAAGGAAAUGCCCCAGAAGCAACAGAAUUCACAGACAGAAGCAAAAUACAGGGCACUACAGUUCAGACAACACAACAAGAGCAUCCACGAGGUUAAUCUAAAGGGAGCAUGUUGCACAGUGGCUGGACAACCGAAAGCUUGGACUACACAAUACAGUAUUAUAGACAAAAGAGUAAGACAAGAGAUCUACACAUGUUGCCUUGCAUUUGUGGUAAUCUACACCAAUGAAACAUGUACUACAGCUAUAUUUGAAUAUGUAUGGAUAUAUUUGAAAUAGUAUACAUUGUCUUGAUGUUUUUUCUGUAAUGUAAAUAAACUAUUUAUAUCACA